AUGGAGAAAAUAUCCGAUCGCUUCGCGGCUAUCGACGGGUUCCUCGUCAAGAAGGACAAAAGCGGCCUAAGAAGGAUUGUAAACACUAUUUCGACUACCUUCAAACCUAACAAGCAGGAAGCACGGUGUAUCGAGAAGCUUCAAUUAAGAAACCUAGCACUCUAUUUCGACUGUAAAGACGACCUGCUCCCUCACGAUUGUCCGCUGCUCUUCAAGACUGUGAGCAGCAAAAGAAAGCUCUUUUAUCAUACAGAGGAUGGUAUAAAAGUGGUCAAGUCGGGGAAAACCAGUAGCAGGGAUAUGCGGCGCGCGAUUGAGCAUGCCGUCAUUGAGAUACCGCUCUCUGGCUCGCAGAAAAAGUACCUCGUUGACUGCCAAGACGGUAUCGACCAAAGGUUAUGGCGUGAAGGUAGAGCCAUGGCCCCUCUUCAAAACAGCAAUAACUCGCACAUAACUCGCACACUCGCCUGCGACACUUUGUUGUUUACUCCACAGGACUACGCACUGCUCCGCUCUUUCGCCUUGGAAAAAGUACUCUACGAGGCAGAGAGUAUUUCGAUAUUUGAGCACUGUCAUCGAAAGGCUCUUCAAAACCUCGAGGAAAAGGGCCAAGGGGACCUACUCGAAGAGAAAAUUACUGGCAAGCAAUUCCACCUGUUGCUUCAAAAAAACACCGUCAGGGCGUAUGGGAGGAUCAUGAGCUCUCUCUACUUUAUCCUGGUGAACUUCCACAGGCUGUCGCUUUCAACAAGAGUCGCGGAUCCUGCAAUAAAUCGCGCGCUGCUUCUGGACAGUAUAGGCUGUUCCUACAACGUCGAAUCCAAAGCUUCUCAUCUUCAAGAGAUUAUGUGCAUCAUGCUCAAAAAUACUGACCACGCGUCGCUCUUACAGCUGCUUGCACGUAUGUUGCCUUUCAAUCUCGAGGGGUAUGUCGACAAAAACCAAACUUUAGGAUACUAUGAAACUGAGGAGAUUUGCGAGCGCUUGGUAGCGAUGCGAACAUGGGUCAAGUACGUGGCGCUCUCGGCAAAAACGGGCGAUGAAGAGGUCAUAUUUCUUGAGAACGACCCAGCUAGCACUUGGGGUGUGCUCAGCAGCUACUACCGUGAAAUCGCACGGGAGAGUAAGAAGUUAGAUUUAGCAACUCUGCGCUUCAUCUCACGGGACAUCGUGUGUGUCUCCGGCAAAACAUUUGGGCGGUGCUAUAUACGGGACUUUUACAGCGGCCUGGAACAAAGAUUCGACGCCUUAUGGAUGCAGCUUAACAAGUAUUAUUCGGUGAGGAGCAUCCAAGCGGUCGAGGAACUGCUCUUCUACGAUGAAAGCAUGUCCUUAUCCGAGGGAAAAAGCUGUCCAUAUUUCUCGUUCGAAAAUGUAUUCCCCAUGGAUGUUCGUAGGAGCCUGCUGCCGCGUGGGAGAAAAGCCCUGACCGAAGCUGAACAGAGAGUAGUGCUUGACACAAUUGAGGAAAUGACACGUGCAGUGAUGUGGAUAACAUGGCUCGCCGCUGGUACUCCUUACGCGUUUGCGGAGCUGCAAGAUCUUGCAUAUGCGGGAGAGCGGCGGAACGUUUACGUGGAUGAAGAUUUUCGGCGUAUCAAGCUGGCCACAUGUUACAACCAAAAUGGCGACAUACUGUAUCUCGUCAAGUGGCUGGAUAGUCACACAUCCUCCUACCUGGCAUUUUUAAUCCUUGUUAUCAGUAAAAUUCAGCUAGAGCUGCUCAACGAGAUGCGGUCCAUAUUCGACCAUCCAAGACACAACGAAAUGCGUCACAGUGCUGCCAAUAUACGUUCCUCAAAAUACACUACUCCCAUGAAGAAAACGUGCAAGGCACUCUUGAGUGAGUUUCUGUUUGUAGACGCCUCACAGGCCAAAUUGGUUAGCGAAAAGCGGUUUCAAGAAGUUUGCAAGGAGUAUCCCAAAAGAACUGCACCCUUGGAAAGAUUGAACUUUCCUCAGCUGAGGCAAGGCAUGACUGCCUUGGUGCAGCGUAAGUUAGAAGGGCAUCGGAGUCAAGCAGGCGCAGCGCAUCCAUCUACAUCUGCAUACCUCGCAGACCAUUGGCCUAAAAUGGGUACUGGUAUGUACGGAUUGGACAGCCUAUUACUCGAAAGUCUGCAAGGACCGACCGCAUACAUGACACAGAGAGAACUCAGCGAACAAUGGAACCUGUCAAUGGAUCUUGGAGUAAAUACCGAGGACGAGCCUCAGUCAACUGGCAAUACUUUAAAAGGUGGUCUGCAGAGAGCAGGGCUGGUCCCUGAUGAUCUUUUUCUUGCAGGUCGGAUGCUCUACGGAGAACAGUUUGCAUUUCGCAAUACAGACCAGACCUUUGCGUGUAUUAGCGCGUACAUGUCAGAUGAAAAGGUUAUUGCAGUGCAGGCACCAACAGGAUUUGGAAAAACACUGGUGUUCCAGCUGCCAUUAAUUUGCUAUGCCAUGAAAAAGCUGCAAACGGUAUCGUUUGUUUUUGUGCCUGACGCAGCGCUAGUUGCAGCAACAACACAUAGGCUUAGAUCAAAAAGUUGCCUGCGGGUUGGGAGUGUCGAGUUCUUGAUACAUAAAGGAUUGGUGGGAGACGACCCCUUUCAAGAUGUUUAUGUGGGUACUUUUAGCGACGCAAUUGAUCACCGACUCAUUGAAUUGAUGAAACACUGGAAAGAGCAGUUUCCCGAGACGCAACUUGGCCUACUUGUUUUCGACGAGUUCCAGAAUUUGCCAGAUGUGGAAAGUUAUUGCAAGACUCCACUUCACUUACCCAAAGAUAUUGACAUCGAACAGUUUCAGAGGCUGAUACUAACCACGGCGACAGGAAGUCAGGGCUCUUCAGAAAAGGCACUCCGAGAGCUGGGGCUAAAGGGUCGGCUCGAAAUCCAGCCGGUAUGGGGGGAUUCAGAGGGAGAUACUUGCUUUGUCACGGCCCCCAUACGUUUCCGCAACUAUAUCCGCGAGCCUGCUUUAGCACACGUAUACAAGCACGCUAUACUCAUGGAAGGUGAUGGCACGGGACAGGUUAUGGUGCUCCUGAGGCGUCUAUUUGAAAAAGAUUCUAAAGCAAAGGUUGCUAUCGUACUUGGCCAAGAGGCAAAUACGGGCUCACUUUUUAAUCGAGUAGCCAAGGAAUUCACUUCUGUGUGCGUUGGUAAAGAAUUGGACAAAACAGAAAAGGCGAUGAAGAUGCAGUCUUUCCUACUGGACAAGAACGUGCAAGUGCUAAUGGGCCCGAAGUUGGCUGUGGAAGGAAUUGAUGUUGCAGAGCUGCGAAUGGUCAUAUUACUGGACUACCAGCCAAGCGUAGGCGAGUAUAUCCAGUGCGCGGGCCGUGUCAGGAACUCUGGAGUAUCCAUAGCGCUAUGGCGGAAGGCACCGCAGCGCGGUAAUAAUGACUUAAGCUCAAUCGACUACUCGCGCUGUUUCACCUCUCAGAUCUGUGAAUUCUACGAGUUGCCACAGCAAGUCCAUGCCGGGUGCUGCAAGCACUUUGAUAGUGUGUCCGAGGAGACAAGAGAUAUUUUUGAGUACGUUGCCAUUGAACUGGAACCGGCAGAUACUCAACAGAAGAGAAAACAUACUGAUGGUUCCCCACAUAGCUCCAAGAGGUUGUGUUCCCCACACAAUCCAGAAGUGCCAGGAAGUAGACCCACAACAAAUCUCGAGUUGCAAGCAACGGACAAAAGUCAGCAACUUACUAAAGCAGAGAGGUUAGAAAUAUCGUGCCGGGGCUGUCGAGACAUAUUUGAAUACUUUGAAUUCAGCGACGACAGGCGCCGUGAUCUGCUGAUGGAAGGGCUUGAUGAGCGAUAUUUUGGCAACAUUAGCAUCUUUAAUGUCAACUCCGAACUCGAGUGCAGGUGGUGCCUAGAGCCAAAAAGAGGGUGUUGCUGUUGGCCAGAAAGUCCAGCAUGCGAAGACAUGUCGUUGAAGAAAUUAGCAAUGCAGGCACUUGCGUUUUUAGGGUGUUUUUUGACGCCCAAGGGAUAUACUGAAGAAGUUGCCUUUUGCGAAAACUACGGAGUAGCCACCUGGAUGAUGCUUUUGGAAACGCGAAUCAAGAAAGAGGUCUUUACAAGAUACUACACGGCUUAUAAAGACUACCACGACCUAGUGCGUAGAAGGAUGGAAUACUUCUAUGGCUACGAAGGUGAUCGCUACAUAGAUGAUUACAACGAGAUGUGGAGGAUGCUUCAGAAAAAGGAACUGAUAGUGUACUUUAGUACUCGGAAAAUUCAAGAGUGCCCAAUGGGUGGCUGCUGUGCUGAUUGUGUGAAGAUAGCAGUUGAAGAUGACGACCCGCCGUGGUGCCGCGACUACCCCAUAUCAAAAGGGUAUCUGCAGGCGCAAAUGGAAAGUACGGACGAGGAUGCAUAUCUAUGUAGCGAGAACAUGGCCAUGAGGCUAAGGGGCUCGCCACCCGUACUUGGCUUCCAUUACAAGUUGAUGCAGUUUGUGCUGUUUCACAACAAAGACUUUCGAGACGCGAUCUGGGAAAGGUUUCCGCAACUGCCUCAAGUUGGAAUGUUUACGCACUGGCUGCGGCUGAUGAAGACCGAAUGGAUAUUUGAUGGAGUGCCUGUGCCACUAUACGCAGUGGUUGGGGCAAUCUUUUAUCGACAGAAUCCGUACUACCUUCAUGACGCGUUGUGA